AUGGAUUUCGGACCAAAAGGACACGUCAACGACUCGCCAGGGAGAUUGUCUCAUGCUCUGCACUAUAACGCCAGGGCAAUAUCAACCAACGCUGAUCUUCACGCCCUCAUCGAACCUGCAGGCAUCAAAUACCACGUAAUCGUUGCAGGAAACAAAGUCCAGGAAGACGGACGCGUUGGAUUCAUCUUGGUCCAUCUCGAUUCGCAUGAGAUCCUAUCACCUCGCCUGGCUAUCCUUCGACUUCGUCCUCUCCAUCAGAAAGCCAUCCUAUCAUCAACUGUUAUUUUCCAACAUCAGCAGCUGAUGAUUCGAAACUUGAUGCUUUUUAUGAGGAUUUAG